UGUUAUUCCCAAACACAUUUUAAGUCGCCCGGAUUGUUUUGCACUCGUCUGCCCUGUCUUCACGGUGGAGGCAGACAGCUGAUGAUGAGCCUCUGGGGUAUAUUUAAAGCCCAGGGAAAGCGGAAGCCUGGGCUGCUGUGUGUCAUCAGCUGAGGGCCGCUAGCUAGCACAGGACUCUAUAGCAUACCAGUGGCUAGUGCUAGUUAGCUAGUGGCACAGCACUUUGACCAAUGCUGUGAAUUCACACGUCGCUGCGGCUGAAAAUGAAAGGAGAAGGAAAUACGAGGUUAUUGGGGCGGUAAUGCCCGCUGCUGUGACACAUCUGUAAGAAGAAGACACGGGACAUUGAAUUUGACCAACCUGUGGACAGCAGAGUUUGUGCUUCCUGCUCUCCUAGUCAACCUUUGACUCUGUCACUUUACACCCUCGCCUCCACCUCUACGGCCAGGGUCUGGCCACUGUAACCAUGACGACGGGGGGCUGUUGUCACCUGCCUGGCUCUCUGUGUGACUGUGCAAGCAGCACUGGCCUGUGGAAGAGUGUGGAGGAAGCAGGUGGUGACGGGUGUCCAGCACUCUACGUCACCCAGGUCACAGCCAUAGAUGGACGAUUGCUCUCCUCUGUGCUCAAACCCAUGAGCGCACAAAGUGAUGGUCCCAUCUGCCGUAUUUGCCAUGAAGGGGGCAACAGCGAGGGGCUCCUGUCUCCAUGCGACUGCACAGGCACUCUGGGCACAGUGCACAAAAGCUGCUUGGAGAAGUGGCUGUCGUCUUCCAACACCAGCUACUGCGAGCUCUGCCACACAGAGUUCAGCAUCGAGCGCCGACCGAGGCCUCUCACAGAGGUAACAAAGUGGCUGCGGGACCCUGGCCCUCGCAAUGAGAAGAGGACGCUGUUCUGCGACAUGGUGUGCUUCCUGUUUAUCACACCCCUAGCAGCCAUUUCAGGCUGGCUGUGCUUGAGGGGUGCUCAGGACCAUCUUCAGCUGGGAAGCUGGCUGCAGGCUGUAGGCCUCAUAGCCCUCACCAUCGCCCUCUUCACCAUCUAUGUCCUGUGGACCCUGGUAUCUUUCCGCUACCACUGUCAGCUGUACUCUGAGUGGAGAAGAACAAAUCAGAAAGUACGUCUGCUCAUUCCUGAAGCCAAGGUGUCUAACUCUUCCCAGCAUUCCUUGCUCUCUACCAAACUGAUGAAGAAGUCUGCCAAUGAGAGUAUAGUAUGAGACCAAACGGAGAUGGUUGGUGAUAAUGGUAUCUAUUAUGUGCGGGGGCUGAUUGUCGGCGCGUCAAAGCCCGCCAGCUGGCAUUUUAAAAACACUUGUGGGCUUUUUUUGGUUGCUUUAAAAAAAAAAAAAAUGUUUUCUUUGUCUCAUCAGUACUUAAUUCACAUCACUUAAAAAAAAAGUUCUCCUGUGGGUGCAGAAAAGAGCACAUUUAAAUGGAGUCUAUCCGUCCUCACGCUGGGUGUUGACCAAGCUUAUGGCAAAAGGCACUAAAGAAUGGAACAGCGCAUGGAGAUGUGUGGAGAUAUUUACAGAGACAUGGGAACAGUCUCAUCAUCAUGGGUGCAGUGAUAACAUUAGAUAACAGCGACCUCAGAAUAAGAAAUGACCAAACUAACCUGUUUAUUGGACUGUGAAAUGUUCUGAUGAAUGUUCUGCUUAGUUUCAACAAUCCAUCGAUGGUCCACCGAUGACAGCGGAGUGUAGGAGGUCCAUUCAUUGUUGUGCAUGAUGAAAGGGUGUAAACUACUAGAUACAUGUCGUAUCUGGGCUCUUGGCUACAUUGACCUCUGCACAACAUUGCCCACUGAGGAGCUCUUUGGAGCAGUUUUUGUGUGGCCUCCUGUUAAACUGUAAACGAUUUCUUUACAUUUGCAGAUGCCAGUAUUCCGUCUGAGAUGCAACUUUAAUUUGAGCACAAACCUAUUGGACUUUUCUAAAGGGGUUUUUCCUGCAUCUGUUUUUACAUUUCAUCCAAGAAUGGAUGGCAGCAUAGCAUUCGUAAAGCCAGAGAUUGUGCAAUAAAACACUGUGGACAUAAAGGUCUUCACGGUACAUGAAGAGACCUCUACCAACAUGCACAGUUAUGCACGCAAGCACUGUUAAUAAUUUUUAGGAAUUUUUACUUUUUUUUGUGUUUAAGUAUAUUGUCAAAAUUCUUUCGUGGUUUAAAAAAACUGAACUGAUUGACUAUUCCUACUGAAGUAGGGUUCGACAGUGUCCUCACAGAGGUUCUUGUAUUAGCAGCACUUAGAAAGUAGGUCUUGUACAGAUCGAUAGAAAACUCCCAUCAAAAUGGGUUUUAGAGGAACAUUAUUAUUGUUGGGUGGCUGACGCUGUACUAUAGCCUCCUUCCAAUUGCCUGUUAAAGUACUUAAUUAUAGGUAUUUUGCAUUUUGUUUUGUUUUUUAAGGAAUACACACUGCUGUGUGUGUGUAGUUCCCAGAGUCACACCAAUAAUCAGGGAUACUUCCUGCAAGCAUUUAUCAUUCAAGUCAUGGCCAAACAUCAGUUUCUGUUAUCAGAUUAAAAAAAAAAUAAUAAUUCUCAGUGCUGGUGUUUAGUGCUUCUGUCAGUCUAACAUAAACCUUACCCGCCAACAGUGACUUUGGUGGCGGGUACAUUAUGCAAGCACCACUAGGGCUUAAUCUGACUUUAGCUUUGUUUUUUCUUUUCUUUCAAGGGAGCCACUAGAGAUGCUCACACGCUUUUUCCAUUUGAUGGAUGUCAAUUUUUUGGGGGGCUGCAAACUUGGCCUCAUUAUGUUGUAAUGUUACUGACCAGACUAAUUUGGGACUGGCUGUGUUGGUUGUUCGGGACGGUAGAGAGAAUUCACUCGUCACUCUUGUACAUAGUUUGGUGCAGUUUACAAUUACAGUCACUUAUAGUGGCUGUUAAUCAACCAGUUAGAAAACACAAACCAGCGUCUGCCUGGUUUCCAGAUUUCCAGCUCAUAACAUGGUCCGGUUUUGAACAUUAUUAUUAUUACCUCAUUCCACUCAAUUUAGGUUAUGGGUAGACGAUUAAUUGCCACUUGAACUCACUGUGGCCCGUUCACAGGGAGAUAAGCCAGAAGCCAACAACACAUGUAGUAUUGAGAACAACUUUAUUGUAAUGUAAUGUAAUCCAGCCUAUGUUAACCUUUGGUUCAGUAUUAUUGUGCAGAUUUUACAGGUUUUAAGUGUUUCAUUUAUAACACUUUUUUUUUAUAUAAUUCUGUGGGGUGAUGAAAAUAAUACAUUAGCUGUACUACACAGGUAGCAGUGAAAGCAUUGAGGCACCCUUAAAACUUGUCUAAAGCAAGACUGGUUGAUUGAUUAUUAAUCAUUUUAUGACUAAACUUUAUUUCCAAGAUGAUAAUUAUUAGCUUUUGGAUUGGUUCUGCUCUAUUCAGUAGAAGGACACUGAUAUGUUUAUUAAUGAGUUAUCAUGCUUUUGAUUAUCAUACUUUAAACAUGGGUUGUCCUUCCUGUGUGCUUUGCUCUAACUUUCAGAGGCAUUCAGUAUUUACACAUUGUAAGCACACACAGUAUAUCACCAACUGUGUGAAGAGGCCAAAAGUCUAGUCUUUAUGCACAGUUAUGCAUAUGUUAUUGAAAAUGCAUAUAUAUAUUUACCUUAUGAUAAAUCAGGCUUGAAAAAUAUUGGACUUAGACCGGUGUGCGGUGGUGUCAGCCCAGACCAUUUCAGUCAGCUUUAUCAGAGCAGAUGUUUGUUUUUGGCUCAGUAAGCAUCAAUAUUGAUUCAUUUAUUCCCCCUCCUCCUCAUUCCACACAAACCUUUUAAUCUGAAACGACAUUACAAGUACUGGGGCUCCUCUGGGUUGUUGUAAAACAUCAGUCAUAAGAACAGGGUGCAUCUCAGUAGUUCUGUUUAGUGGGAAAUUGACACCAGCUAUAUGGCUGUAAGUGUGGAGCAGCCAUUGUUUUGUUUAUAUUUGUAUCUGUUUGACUGCUGACAGUGUGGCAUUACCAGUGACCAGUGGCUGUAAGAGUCUUUGCCUGGCCUUUUAUACACACCAACAUUACACUUUGGUAGUGUUAGCUCCUGGUGGGUUGCCCCACAUACUGCCCCAGUUUAAUCAUUUGUUUGUGUUUUUAACUGAUCUCAGAACAAAGGAUUAUAUCCUGCAGUACUGCGAUGCACCCGGGGGGCCUUAUGAGUCAUUUGAUCAUCCAUGUGUUUACUGUUUGUCAUGAAGGCUUUACUCCAAGUAUUGGGAUUUAUUUGGGCACUGAUUUGAAGCAAUGCAAAGAGCUGAGGCACAGUUAUUCAAUACUGCUUGCCUGUAAGAAAUAACUGAAUUAGUAGAAGAUGUCUGAUGUAGAACUAUGAUUUUAUUUUACAUUAUUGGGAAUCUGUAUGAAGUAUGCAACACUGCUCCUCCACAGGCUACCUGUCUGUUCAUGUCAAUUAUCAGAGCUACAUGAAACAGAUCCUCAUUUCUCCAAAGAGUUUUUAAGUGAUUACACUUUAACCGCAAUGUAAUACUUAAUUUAUCAUUUUCUUUGUUGUGUAUUACACAAAAAUGUUAAUAUUACUUAUGUUGUAACAUUUUUGUAAUCUUUUAAUCCUGUAUGUAUUUUUUGGGGGGGUGGGUAUGUUGAUAUGUAUCAUUUGUAAUUUAUGUUGCAAUUCUUCAGUAUUCACAUUUUUAAAUACUACAGUGUUGUGUGGGGGAAAAAAAGAAAUACCAAAAUACUGGUACCUGCAAUUAGCCAAGAAUUGUUUGCAAAGCAAAUAAAACAUGAAGAUAAA